AUAUUUUCCUCAUACAAAGUUCUUCAGCUAGCGAUCAAUCCAAUUCAUCAAUCUCCCGGUGCCCCGGGAAUCGCAAGGCCGUGCGCAUCGCAUCGCAUCGCAACCAUGGCACCCACCAAACGACCACGACCACUUGCCGGGCAGGAUGAGGACGAUAUCGUCGAAGUCCGGCAGGCGCGCUCACAUCUCCGACCAGAGGAAGCCAGGAAGCGCGCACGAGUUUCCCUCGACGACCGAAGAAGAACGGAACCAACGCCCCAGCUCGACGAUGUAUCGAGCUCCGAAAGCGAUGAGGAAGAGACCCGAGGUCUUCCAGACUCUCCACCACAGACUCAGUAUGAACUCAUGCGAGAUGCCGGCUUCAGGCAUCUGCAGCACACCGAUUGGGAUGAUCAGCAGGCGACACAGAAACUGGCAAAGAGAGGCACCACACUCGGCAACAAUAUGGUAUCCGAGAGCGGCAUCGUCGAGAGCAUCACUUGUUACAACUUCAUGUGCCACGAGAGACUGCAUGUCGAGCUUGGGCCACUUAUCAACUUUAUCGUCGGUGAGAACGGCAGCGGGAAAAGUGCCGUUCUCACUGCUCUGACACUGUGCCUCGGUGGCAAAGCCAGUGAUACCAAUCGAGGAGGCAGCCUAAAGUCAUUCGUGAAGGAGGGCCGUGAACAAGGUAGCUUGGUUGUCAAGAUCAAGAAUGCAGGAUCGGACGCCUACCAACCCGACAUCUAUGGCGAGAGCAUCAUCGUCGAGCGUCACUUUUCUAAAGCCGGUAGUAGUGGAUUCAAGAUCAAGAGCGCCACUGGCCGAAUCAUCUCUACCAAGAAGCAAGAAGUGGAGGAGAUCUCCGAGUGGUAUGCACUACAGAUCGGCAACCCUUUGACGGUCCUAUCCCAAGACAACGCACGCCAGUUCCUCAACGCAGCAUCCCCAGCCCAAAAAUACAAGUAUUUCGUCUCCGGCGUCCAACUGGAACAGCUGGAUAACGACUACAAGAUGUCACAGGAUACCCUCGACAAGACUCUGAUUCUCAGAGAGGAUCUGACUUCCAAGAUUGAGUAUGUCAAGAAAGAGAUGGAGGAGGCUGAGCGGCUUGCCGAAACCGCCCGAAAGAACGAAAGCCUACGUGAGAAAGGACGGCACUACAGAAACCAGCUAGUCUGGUCCCAAGUUGUGGAGCAGGAGAGACUGCUUGAGCAGCGUGAAGCCGAGAUCGUGAAACGAGAUGAGCAAAUCGAGGAGGCCAAGAAGUACUGUGAAGAGAUGACUGCUGCCCUCGAAACGGUGGAUGAGAAACUCGAGAAAGUCAAGCAGGCUAAGGAGGUGCUUGAGCAAGACCGAGAUACCUUUGAAGGACGAAUCGCCAGGGCUGAGGCUGCAUUCCAACAAGCCUCGAAGGAUGAGUCCGAGUUGCUUCGAGAGGAGCGCGAUGCUCAUCAACGCCUCAGAACGGUCAACGAAGACAUCAAGGCCGUCAACCGAAAGAUAGUGGAGGAGGAACGUCGUCUGGGCCAAUCAACAGGCACUGCUCGUGCGCAGAAGGAUGCCGAGCUUGCGGAGGAGACAAAGAAGGAGAAGCUUGUCAAGGAACACUUGGAGGAGGCUCACCAGAAAGUGCCUGACCUCCAAAACAAGCUCAACGAAAUCGAAAAUAGCUUGAAGAAGCUGGCACACACCAAGGAUUUGAAGCGAAAAGAGAUUGUUUCAGUUGAGCACCAGGUCCGGGAACUCCAGACGACAUCCAGUGGGCGGCAUGGUGGCUACGAUAGGGACAUCACCAACCUCGUGAAAACGAUUGCGAACGACAGUGGCUUCGAGCAGAAGCCUAUUGGGCCUAUUGGUGCCCACAUCCGAUUGUCCAAGCCUGAAUGGUCUGGCAUUCUCGAGAGAACUCUGGGAGAUGGCCUCAAUGCAUUUGUUGUCAGGAGCAAACCCGACCAGACAAGGCUCUCUAGUAUCAUGCGUCGACUCGGAAUGAGGAAGCAGCCCCCAAUCUGGAUCGCGUAUGGAGGCAGGAUUGACACAAGCAGUCAGGAGCCAGACCCCCAGUUUGAUACUAUCCUGAGAGUGCUCCAGUUCGAGGAUGACAUUAUCAGAUCGCAACUCAUCAUCAACAACCAGAUCGAGAAGAUUAUUCUUGUCCGAGAGCGCGUGGAGGCCGAAAGGGUUAUGGUUGAUAAUACCCCCCCCCGUAAUGUGGCUGCUUGUAUCUGCUUCCACGACGGAAGAGGCAAGCGAGGAUGGGGAUUGAGAAUGACGAACCGAAACGGCUCUAUCGGCACGAGCCCAGUCCAGCCAAGUAACGCGCGUCCCAGGAUGCAGUCAGACUCGGCUCGACAGGUCGAAAUGCAACAAGAGAAUCUGAAGCAGCUGGGCUUGGAACUUGCCGAGAUUAGUCGCGAUGACCGCCAAACCCAACAGGCGGCUCAGCGAUGUAAGACUGACCUCCAAACUCAACGGAGUGAGAUCCGGAAACUCGAGAACGAUCUCCGCUACGCACAGGCUGCCAUCGAACGCAUCUCUAUGGAACUCGACGCGUUCGAGGGUGUCGAUGAUCGACUGAACAUCCUGCGUGCUGAGCUUGACAAGAAAACAACGGAAAAGGACGAAAUCGGAAACCAGUAUGGCACCAUGAGACUGGCAAGAAGUGAUCUGAACGCGAAGAAAGAGAAGGCUAGAUUGAAGCUCGAAGAGGAGAAGAAUGAACAAGACGACUUCCAAAGCCGGGUCAACAAAGCGCAGGAGAAGAUCAACUCGGCCGAGGGCAUGAGGCGUGUAGCCGUUGCCAACAAGAAUGAUGCCUUUGAGCGAGUCGACAUUGCAAAGAACGAGCGACGGCGUGCCGAGGAGAGGCGAGACGCCAAGGCCGAAGAAGUUGCAGACUUUACUCGACAGGCUUCCGAGAUAGCAGAGCGUGUGCACAUCCCCGAUGGUGAGACACAUAACAGUAUCGAGGUCAAGUAUAAGAAGGUCCGCGAGCAGCUCAAGGAGCGCGAGAAGCGUCUUGGAGCGACAGAUGCCGAGAUCUACGAGCGUGCUGCGGAAGCUCGCACGCGAUAUGAAGAUGUCAUGAGGCAGACCCGGGACGUGGACGACACCAUCUCAUCCCUCAAGCGAGCCAUCGAACACCGACUCCAUCUCUGGCGCCAGUUCCAGCGACAGAUCAGUGCUCGCAUUCGCAUUCAGUUCAACUAUCUCCUCAGCGAGCGCGGCUUCCGUGGCAAGAUUGAUCUGGAUCACCGGGCCCGCAAGGUCCUUAUCCAGGUUGAGCCCGACGAGACACGAAAGAGCUCUGCUGGAAGAAACACCAAGACUCUGUCCGGUGGCGAAAAGUCCUUCUCGUCCAUCUGCAUGCUUCUCUCAGUAUGGGAGGCCAUUGGUUCCCCGAUUCGCUGCCUGGACGAGUUUGACGUCUUCAUGGACAAUGUGAAUCGUGCCAUUAGCACAAACAUGCUGGUGGACGCCGCUCGCCGCUCAGUCUCACGACAGUAUAUCCUCAUUACGCCCAAUGCCAUUGAGGGCCGGGCUCGCUUGGACAAGGAUGUCAAGAUCAUUCGACUUACAGAUCCUCGCCAACGAACACUUGACGAGUAUACAUAG